UUAUAUGUGAAAGUUGAAAAAUGGCUAACGCUGGAACAGCUACACCAAUGGAAAUUGAUGAAUUUAUAAAUGGAGCUUUGGUUACAUGGUUGGAAUCAUGUUUGUCGCGUCCAGAAUUACUCACCGGUUAUUCGUCCUUGUUAGAUGGUAACAUUAUACACAGUGUAUGGCUACAAAUAGACCCGGAACCACAAAAUCAUCCAACAGACAUUCGCGAUCUAGUUGGGGUUUCGUUAUGCAUAGCACGAUCGAAGAACUUUGAAUGCAUUGCACGCAACUUGAAAUCUCUUUUCGAGGAAGAGCUCGAGCACACCAUACUCGUGCUUCCCGAUGUCUACAUACUAGGCUACCAUCCAGAAUCCAAACAGGGCCUAGAGCAAAUGAAGAUUAUGCUAACAUUAUUAUUGGGUGCUGCAGUGCAGUGUCCUAAUCGUGAAAUUUUUAUUGGGCGCAUAAAAAUGCUAGACGUUGAAACACAACAUGCUAUUGUAGGAUUGAUUAAGCAAGUGACUGAGGAUCAAAGUCUUGUGCUUACAAAGGAAUCUGUAAAUUUGCUCACACCCGCCAACAUGUAUAAUCAUAUACUGCGCUUGACAAAGGAACGUGAUAAUAUGUACUUGCGUUGGAUUGCAUCUAUGUGCACGGAAUCUGAUUUAAAUAUGUCGGCGUGUGGUGAGGGCACAAUGAGUAAUCCACUAUCACCGUUAUCUGGCGCGCUUACGACAUCUUGUCCAUCAUCUGCCAAUUCUGAAAAUAAUCACAUGGCAGUAGAACUAGCUGAUUUGAAAUCGAGAAUUCGCAAAUUACGACAAGAACUAGAGGAAAAGGCUGAAAACCAACUCGAAUUGCGUGAAGAAUUAGAGCAUAAAAAUGCUCAGUACGAAAAACUGCGCGCAGAGAGUCAAGAAUGGUAUGCUGAGGCAAAGCGUGCAUACGCUUACCGUGAUGAAGUGGAUGUUCUAAGAGAACGUGCCGAGCGUGCUGAUCGUUUGGAAAUUGAAGUGCAAAAAUUUCGCGAAAAACUAACAGACGCCGAUUUUUAUAAGACACGUGUAGAAGAAUUACGGGAAGACAAUCGAAUGCUGUUGGAAACAAAAGAAAUGUUGGAAGACCAGCUACAACGGGCAAGGAAACGUUCUGAACAUGUCAUGACACUAGAAUCGGAGAUUAUAAAAUACAAGCAAAAGUUGAACGAUAUGGCAUUAGAACGAGAUGUUGACCGUUCAAAGAUGGAAGAAUUGUUGGAAGAAAACACCCAGUUGCAACUAGUCGCGAAAAACAUAAACAGCACACAAAGACUUGACAGCACUUUUUCGGAUAAUGAGGAUGAAUGCAACUCUGGCGAUAACAGUUUAUCAGAACAACUAACCAACGAUGCGCAGACAAGAAUUUUAAAAUUGGAAUUGAAAAAUAAGCAACUUGCUGCUGCGUUGGAUCAGCUAAGGGAGAACUCCUUUCACGAGUCUACCAACAAAAUACUAGAACUAGAGAAGGACAAGAAGAAGUUAUCUUUAAAACUUGAACAAAUGCAAGAAAAUAUCCAACGCCUAACGCAACAAAACUCCGCAUUAGAAGAUGUCUUUAAAAGCGCUUUGGAAGAGAAUAAAAAGCUGCAGGACACAAUGGAUGAUCGGCAAAAAUCGUAUGAACGUCAAAGUCAAGAACGUGAAUUGGAACGUAAUAAGUUAAUGGACUUAGAUCAGCAUGUAGAAACGUUGAACAAAGAGAAACAACGUCUGCAAACUCUAAACGAAAGCAUACAGCGUCGUGCUGAUGAUUUGGAUCGUUUGCUGGACUCACGUACAAAGGAAAUCCAACAGCUGAAGGAGCGCUCUCAGGAAGUGAGUAAGGUUAAAGAAAAGGUGUACGAUUUGGAGGCAAAGCUAUGUGCAUGUGAGCGUGAGAAUAACAGCCUUUUGAAGGAGGUCACCAAGUUGAAAGAAAAUAGCGAAGAAAAAUCAGUGCAACUUGAUGAGUCGACAGCAAAGCUGGAAGCAAAGAUGAAAGAGAUUGAUCGUCUCACAAAGGAAUUGGCGGAGAUAGAGCUGACACAACAAAAAGUCGCAGAGCUUGAAAAGCAAAACCAGGAAUUAGUUUCACAGCGCGACAUUGACUACGAAACGAUAGCAACACUUCGAAAUGAUUUAGUUUCUGGUACAUUGGCCACCAACAAGGUGCGUCAGAACUUGGAAAAACUCGGAUUAACCGCUAGUAGUCAAGCCGAUAGUAAUGCCGACUUGAAUGUGGAAACUGUCGUCGAAAAAUUGGUACGAAAUCCCGAAACAUUCAAAACUGUGCGCGAAAUUAUGUUAAAUGUUUCGAAGGAACAACGUAAAAGCGAAAAUGCCAAGUCAGAUAUGUGCGUGCUAUGCCAUCGCAAAGAGAUCUACACGGUGGAGAAGAAUAUUGAACUAUCACCCAGUAAUGAACCACAGGAGCUAAGUUUCGAACACAAAGUUAUUCUAAGCUCACCGAAAAAUCAACAACAGGAUCGUAUGGAAAUAAGGAGGCUAGUGGAGAGCCACAAUGAGUUGAGUACACGUUAUGCGGCGCUACAUACUGUCAAUAUUCAAUUAGAAGCAGAAAAGGCACGACUCGAUGUAGAUGUGGUAACGCUAGGCUCACAGAUAUCAUCUCUCAACACUCAAUUGGUCGCACUACAAGUGGCCAACACACAACUUGCCUCCGACAAGGAUCAUUUGUUGAAGCAAAGCGAGUCGGUUAAGCAAGAAAAUAAGAAUAUACAACACGACUUGAUGGCUUUGCGAACUUUGCACGAUCAGCUUUCAGCUGAAUAUGAAUCACUUGCAUCUGGCAAAGAACAGCUGAAGUUGCUGUUACGCGAUUCACGCAAUGAGGCACGUGAGCUACGCGAGCACAUUUCGAAUUUAGAAAAGCGAAUUGUUGAUUUGACCAAGGAGAAUUCAACAAUGAAGACCUAUGAAGAUGACCUAGCUAUACUGCGCACAGAGCAUUCAAAGCUGACUGACGAUUUUCGAAAUUUGUUUCGCUUCAAGAAUGAGUACAAAAACAUACAGGUGGGUAAUUUUUUAAGUUGAUUAUUUCAUUUCUUCCACUUAAUGUCGGCUCAGCGCACGGACGCUGUGUGUAGCACAGUCGUAAGCAGUGCGCGUUUACACUCCGCAGGGCCUGGGUUCAAUCCCUGGUCAAAGCAAAAU